AUGAAUAAUCGUUUCUCGGAAGUUAGCACGGAAUUGCUUAGUUGCAUAGCAUGUCUUGAUCCAAAAAGUUCUUUCUCUCAAUUCAAUGUGCAGAAACUACUCCGUCUUGCUGAUUUAUAUCCUGAAGACUUCUCAAGUAACGAUUAUUUAUAUUUUGAGUCUCAACUUCGAAAUUAUAUUUAUAAUGUGCAACGCGAUCCUCAAUUUUCAGAAGUUGGAGAUUUGGGAAGUCUUGCUCAACAAAUGGUUAAAACUGGUAAAAAUACAGUUUUUCCGUUGGUUUAUCGUCUGAUCCAGUUGGCAUUAGUUCUACCAGUUGCGACUGCUUCUGUUGAAAGAGUAUUUUCUGCAAUGAAUAUUGUCAAGACUGAUUUGCGCAACAAAAUGGGAGACGAGUGGAUGAAUGACUGUCUGGUUGUAUACAUCGAGAAGGAUAUUUUUGCAACAAUUGAAAAUGAGCAAAUAUUGCAGCGUUUUCAACGGAUGAAGACUCGCAGAAUGCAAUUGCCUCCUCUUCGUUAUUCGAGUGCAACAACUACCAAUACUUCAAGUGUUAAUCAAUAA